AUGGAAAGCAACGUGUCAGUUUUAAGUGAUAUCCUGGAGCUCAAAGGCUUUGACAUAUCUCCAGAGCUCACGUAUCCUCUGUUUUUCAUACUGCUGUUUCUUUAUGUUUGCCUGCUUUUCUCUAACAUUGGAGUUCUUGUUCUGAUCAUCACUGAGAAAACAUUGCACCAGCCCAUGUACAUUCUUUUUUGCAACCUGUCUGUCAAUGAUCUAAUAGGUAACACAGUGUUGCUACCUCAACUUAUGGUUCACAUCAUUUCAACAGAUCGGUUCAUCAGCUACAAUCAGUGUGCACUUCAAGCAUUCUGCAGCCACACUUUUGGAUCAGCUUCACAUAUGAUUCUCAUCAUUAUGGCAAUUGACAGAUAUGUGGCGAUAUGUCACCCUUUAAGGUACAACUCAAUAAUGACCACCAAAACUGUGGUUUGGCUGUCAGCAUCUGCAUGGGGGAUGUCAUUACUGCUUGUAUCUGUUCUGAUAGGUCUCUCAGUGCGGCUGACCCGUUGUAGAUCAUUUAUACAAAAUUCUUACUGUGACAAUGCAUCUCUGUUCAAGCUUUCUUGUGACAAUGUGUCCAUCAACAAUAUCUAUGGACUGUUUUUCACUGUUCUGUUGUUUAGUUGUUCAAUGGGAGGCAUAGCUGCCACCUAUAUCCAGAUAGCUCUCAUCUGCUGGAUCAGGAAAAACAAAGAUUUGAAUAGUAGAGCACUGCAAACAUGUGCAAGCCAUCUGGUCGUUUAUCUCAUCAUGCUUUGGACGGGGUUUUUAACAAUCAUAUUACAUCGUUUCCCAGAUUAUCCGGAUUUAAGGAAAAUUGCAUAUGUGUUAUUUCAUGUGAUACCUGCUAAUUUAAAUCCAAUCAUUGUGUUAUUUCAUGUGAUACCUGCUAAUUUAAAUCCAAUCAUUUAUGGGAUGCAAACAAAGUCAUUACGGGAUAAAAUUAUCCAUAUACUGCAAAGAAAGGUGACUCCAACCUGA